AUGCACCAAGGUAUGCAGCACCUCGGAGCCUCCAGCGGCAACAAGAACCCUCGAGUGCGGCUUCCAAGCCGCUCAGCUACAUUGCCAUGUGACUGGUACUCUGUCAAGCCGCAGGUGAGGAGUAUCAAGGCCCGCCCUGAUGCAUUAGGUCUAGCCAAUACCGUGAAUCCGUUAACGUUCCUGGCUCGGAAGCCGAGCACUGCUGGAGGUGGUGCUAGCAAUGGAAAACAACAGCAAAAUCCUAGGCGGCGAAAACUCCAAUUGGGUGUAUUUUCUCCAAAGAGAUCACUCCGUCUAUCCAAGCUACCGAUGCUGACAAGAACGGAGCACCACAUUGAACCAGAACUCUCUAAUCAAGUUACAUCCACAACAACGCCGAGUACUUUACCUCGAGGUGCAGAGCUGCCUCUACAUGAGUUGAUACAAACGAUGGAUGAUGCGGUGAAGGCGGACCCAUUGGCGGAGCUCAACCAAUCAGCUAUUGCCCGUUUGUUCAUGGACCAAUGGCUUCGACAGUUUGAAGCCGAUCGACGCAAUUUUAAAUCUGUUGGUAGGGAACUCCUGAGUAAUUUUAACGAUAUUUUGUUGUGCGAGUUUUAA